AUGUGCUCAGAAGGAGGCGAACUUGGAGCAAGCCGCGCGCUACAGCGGCACUCAUGCCAACGCUUUCCAAGACUGCAGAGGCCUACUGCCGACAUGCACGACACAACGACAUCUCGGAUGUCAGAUUCCUGGGAGCGUGCCAAUGAUCAUCACCCCUAA